CGUUCGAAGGAAAUUAGCUCUGCAGGGGAGAAAGGCGCGGGCCAACUGCAAGAGAGCUUGAGUGCAAGGGCGCGACCGAGCGGGUGGAGGAGGCGAGAGCAAGGCGCGGGCGAGGUGGAGGAAGCGGAGGUCGUGAAGAACGCGGUCGGCCGAGGCCGUGAAGGACCGAGUGAGACUGGGAAGGACUGCCGCUUGUGAGGAAGGGGAAACUUUGGAGCUAUAUAUCGCUUCUCCCUCCUUGUUGCGAAAGAUCCCUUCCGUGUGAUCUUGCGAGAAGCUGGGCCGCAAGUUUGAAUUUUUUGCUCAUCUUGGAGAAUGCUUGAAGCCUCAAAUUUUGUGUACUUGCAUGAGCUUUCUGAAUCUGUUCAUGAUUGAUUAUGCGUUCCUCUUGUGUUUUAGAAUCAAGAACACUAUUCUGUCACAUGGGGAUAUUUGAUCGCAUUCACCCUAUCUUCACACUCAGGUUCAAGCAGCUUCAGCAUUUGAAUGCCUCAACAGAAUCAAAAUCAAGGAUUUUCUCUAGUUGCUUGUCGCAAUGUCCACUUAGGCAACAAUCUUCCUAUUCAUCGGUGCCAAUGAGUUCAGUACAGGCUCCUUUAAAUCAGGAAGUAGUAAUAGCUUUAGGGAGUAAUGUGGGUGAUCGAAUAAAAAAUUUCAAUGAAGCUCUUAGGUUGAUGAAGAAAUCAGGAAUCCAAAUUUCAAGGCAUGGAUGUUUGUAUGAAUCUGAGCCCGCAUAUGUAACGGAUCAACCCCGCUUUCUGAAUUCAGCUGUUAGAGGAACCACUGGACUUGGACCAGUUGAACUGUUGAAAGUGCUGAAGCAAAUAGAGAAGCAAUUAGGCCGGACCGAUGGCAUUAGAUAUGGCCCGAGACCAAUUGAUUUAGACAUUCUUUUCUAUGGAAGUCACAAAUUUGAAUCAGAUAUUCUUACUAUCCCUCAUGAACGCAUGUGGGAGAGACCAUUUGUAUUGGCUCCUCUCAUUGAUCUCCUAGGGAUGGCUUCUAGUGAUGAUACUGAAUCAAUUUGGAAUUCUUUCUCAAGCUGCAAUGGUGGCUUAUUUGAAGAAUGGCAGAAAGUAGGUGGAGAAACAUCAAUUGGAAGGGAAGGACUCAAAAGAGUUUUGCCUAUUGGAAGUCAGUUGUGGGACUGGUCUAAGAAAACACAUAUCAUGGGGAUCCUCAAUCUGACACCUGACAGUUUCAGCGAUGGAGGGAAGUUUCAUGAAGUAGAAUCCGCAGUUUCUCAUACUAGAAAAUUAAUCAUGGAGGGGGCAGAUAUUGUUGAUAUUGGUGCUCAAUCAACCCGCCCCUUCGCUCAUAGGCUCUCUCCACGAGAAGAGCUUCAAAGGCUAGUUCCUGUGCUGGAUGCAAUCAUGCAAAUUCCUGAAGUAGAAAGGAAGCUUUUAUCAGUAGAUACCUUCUAUGCAGAAGUAGCAUAUGAAGCAGUAAAGAGGGGAGUUCAUAUUGUUAAUGAUGUCUCUGGAGGACAGCUUGAUCCUGAUAUUCUGACUGUAGUAGGAGAACUAGAAGUUCCCUAUAUAAUGAUGCAUAUGAGAGGAGAUCCAUGUACAAUGCAAAGUGAAGGGAAUUUGUAUUAUGAAGAUGUUUGUGAACAAGUAGCCUCUGAGCUAUGUGCACGGGUAAGCGAAGCCGAGCUUUCAGGAAUUCCAUUGUGGAGGAUUAUCCUUGACCCGGGCAUUGGAUUUGCAAAGACAACUGAACACAACUUGGAAAUUCUCAUGAACUUACCAUCCAUUAGGAAGGAAAUUGCUAAAAGAAGCUUGGCUGCUUCACAUGCGCCAUUAUUGGUUGGACCUUCAAGGAAGAGGUUUUUGGGUGAUAUUUGUGGUAAGGCCAAUGCAGCCGAGAGAGAUCCUGCCACUAUUGCAGCUACUACUGUUGGAAUUCUAGGAGGUUCUAAUAUCAUUAGAGUGCAUAAUGUUAAAGACAAUUUGGAUGCUGCAAAGAUCUGCGAUUCAUUGCUUAGAAGGAAAAUAGUUGGGGAGACAUCUGAAUAGCAUGAAUAUCUAAAGCCUAAACAUCAACGUGAGUAUGUAAGCAUCUGGAAAUUUUUGUUUGAACUUUUUUAUUUCUAAUAUCGUAUUUUAUUAGUCAUGAUUAUUUAAUGGGGGAUUUACAUACAUACCACUUUUCAUGUUAUUUACAUAUCUAACACCCUAAAUAUCAAUAUUACAUGCAUGACUACCACCCAUAGAACAAAUUUGGGUGUAUGGAAUGAAAUAUUAAAGUUUAUAGGAUGGUAUGAAUGGUAGAAAUGAAUUAUAGAAGUGGUAUAUUUGAUAUUAAAGUUUUAUAUGAGUGGUAGGCAUGUAAUAUUAAUGUUUUGGGUGUUAAAUAUGUAAAUAGCAUGAAAUAAAGUGGUAUGUAUGUAAAUUUAUGCAUUAUGUGAUUAGUUGGAAUCCUUGGUGGGUUAACGGACUUCCACCUAUUAUUAGCCUUUUCUGUCAAGUUAUGCUUCAAGUGAGCUAAGAAAAUAAAGAAUAAACUAAAGGUCAAAGAUGGUUUAUUUCUCUUUAUAUAGGGUUUAGAUGCAGUGAGGGUGCAUCAUAAGAUUUCUUGUGCAAAGGUUUUGUUUGGAUUUAUUUGCUGUGAAUGAACUUUUUAUGGAUA